AUGUCUCAACCGACCACGCCAACCACCCCUCCAGCCAAAGAGCCCAACCCUUGCGACAUCUCGAGGGCGGCCAAACAAGGCCUGGAAGACAUUAUCAGGCUAAACAACCUCGACUCGGCCAUUGUCGGUCCAUCAAAUAUAGAUAGAGCUCAAGUUCCCCUGAAGACAUGGGAGAGCGCAUCCAAAGACCCCGAAAAGUUGAUUGCAUUAGCCUCCGAGAUGCACCGGCGAGUCUUUGUGGACACAAAGUAUGCCGAAGCCUUGAAGCGGAUGGAGGAGUUGACGGCCAUCGAAUUCACGUCAGGAUACGGCGACUAUCUUGCAAGCAGCCUGCAAGAGGUGCAGAAAAGCUUGCGUCGGCUGGCGGCCGUAGCACCUGACUUUGCCGGUAAACUUGGGCAAUGCACACCGAACGAGGCGUUGAGUCUUCCCCAACAAGUUCAAGAGAAAGCUCUUGCCUUCUAUAAAAGACGCAUCGAUGGUCAGAGGUCCUGGCUCCGGCUUCAUAGUGAACAGGGUGUGAUGGAAACCACCACAGAUUUGUCAAAGGGGGAGGCAUCCGGGGGAGUCACCGAUGCUGUAUCUGCUCCAGGUCCUUGCUGGAUUGAAUGA